UCUGUCUUUCGCCGAGCGCUCGGCCGAGGCGUGGACGGCUCCCCUCGUUGCCGCCGUUUCUCCGAGACGAUGGCGCCCCUCGCCAGCUGACGUUCGUGCCUCCUUCCCUUCCUCCUCUAGCCCCCCGAGAGUCCGCCGUGAGAGCAGCCGCCGCCGUCACGAUCGCCCCGCGGCUCGCGUGUCACCACCAUGAAAGUCGUCAUCGGAAUUGGCGGGAUCAGAAGUGGCAUGUUUCUGAAUACCAGAGUUACCAAUGGUGGGAAAACCACCCUGACAAGAAAACUCAUGCAUGCACUGCCCAACUGCAGUGUAGUACAUCAAGAUGACUUCUUUAAGCCCCAGGAUGAGAUAGAGGUUGAAGAUGGAUUUAAACAGUAUGAUGUUAUUAGUGCUUUGGAUAUGGAUGCAAUGAUGAGUACCAUCAACGCUUGGAAGAAAAACCCAAUCAAGUUUGAACGAUCUCAUGGUAUUAACACACUGGAUACCAGAACAAUAGAGGAUUCAGAGGAGCAUGAUGACACUGUCCAUAUUCUUAUCAUAGAAGGAUUCCUACUCUAUACUUACAGGCCCUUGAUUGAUGUUUUUGACUUUCGGUAUUUUCUUUCUAUUCCCUAUGAAGAAUGUAAGAGGAGGAGAAGUUCGAGGAAUUAUACUGUGCCUGAUCCACCUGGAUUGUUUGAUGGUCAUGUCUGGCCAAUGUACAUCAAGCAUAAGAAUCUAAUGGAAGAACUUAAUGUUGAUGUUGUUCAGCUGGAUGGAGCAAAGUCAAGGGAGGAACUUUUUAAUUUAGUCUAUGGACAGAUCCAGAACAACUUACAGCAGCUGAUGAAGAUGCUGAGUUAGACCAAGUGGCUGGAGGAUUCUAACAAAGUAGAAGACACUGGUUGAAUAACUUAUUUUUAAAAAAACAUAUGCCUGGCUUGGCAGUAAAGUUCCAACUUCUGUGAAGACUUUUCCUUUCUUAAUAUUUUGUUCUUGCUGAAAUAAGUCUCUAAAAUGUGGCCUUGAUUAAAAAGCAUUUACCAUCCAUAAA